GCCCCAAAAAGGAAAAAGACGUAAUUUCCCUUGAAGAAACUGCUGGAUUCCCUUGAAACUCUCCUAACAAUACGAAUAAGAUUUCUUUAUUAGUACUGAUAUUACUCCCUUUAGCACCGAGAAAGAGAGAGUGUGUGUUUGUGUUGUCAGUCGAGAGUUAAGACUUGAGAAGAGUCCUCGUUAAGGCUUCAAGAAUUUUACAAUGAGAAACAGAGUGCUGGUUUUGCCAUGUCUCUUGCUGCUGCAAUGUUAUCUAGUCCUGACAAUGGAGACUGCAACGCAAGAGAAAGCAGAACUUGCGAUCCCAGUCAUAACAUUGUCACCUCCAGAAGGCAACACAACUUUUCUUGGUGGCACAACAUGGUGUGUAGCCCUGUCAGGUGUCUCUCAAAUUGAUUUGCAGAAUGCAUUAGACUGGGCCUGUGGUCCAGGCAUGGUAGAUUGCAGUCCAAUCCAAGAGGGUGGAGCGUGUUUUGAUCCUGAAACGCUAGUUUCUCAUGCCUCCUAUGCUUUCAACAACUAUUACCAACAAAAUGAGAAUUCUGAAAUUGCUUGCAACUUCGGAGGAACUGCCGUUUUAACUAGAAGGGAUCCUAGUCAUGGAAAAUGUAGCUAUGCUGCACCUGGGGUAUUUGCAGGUCUGCUGCCAUGUCGCCAGCACCUUCUUUGCUCAAGGGGCGCAGAGCAAACUUUAUAUGGUUGAAGCUUGCUGGGAUUUUUCUGCUUUUGUACUUGAGAAGAUGAUUAUUGGCUGGUUAACUUGUGAAUGAAGCAGAUGGUCAUUGACUAUGUCCCUUUACCAAACUUUAUGUCAUGGGAAUCCAUAAGAAAUAGGGCUUAAGUUGCAUGGUUUCUCUCUAUUUUGCCAAGAUUAGUACUUCGUAAUUGGAAUUUUCAAAGUUAAUCAUAUCUUUGCUUAUGCUUUAGGAAUCUAAUUUUUGUUUAUGCAAUCAAAUCUUCCCUCUUG